GCCCCCGGCGGGCACCGCCGAUAAACGGAUUUUUCUUCUCUGGGGAUAAAGCCAUGGCUGAAAUGAGUGAUAUCACUGUACAAAAACUAACCAUUGUUCAGCAAGCAAUAGCCUCUUGUUGUGGAGCUAUAAUUACAUCAUUAUUUGGUAAGGCAAACUAUGAAGCUGGCCACAGAGAGAAUCUCACAAAGUGAUUGCUCUUCACUUUGACUCAGCGUGAUGUGUGCUUAUGUAUGUUUCCACUAAUGUGUGGAAUCGAGCCCUCAGCUAAUACAUCAGAGGAAGAUGGUCCAGCUGCCCAGCCACUGCAGCACUCAGCAUGUCUCAGCCUGUGAUAGUUGUAAGGGCUGCAGUGGAAGCAGUGAAAUGUUCACUAAAUCUUCACUUACUUUUCAAGAACCCCAAUGUUUUACAUGUUGGCUACAUGCAGCAAAAAAGUACAUAACAAAUUUAACUUUGUUUUUUAAGUUUUGUUAUGGUCAAUUAAUUGGAAAAGAACAAACACAUGAAGAAUGCUGUGCUAUUUUAUAUGUUGGAGGCCAAAAUUUGAUUUUGCAUGCCUUGCGGUAUGCUAUUUAUAAAAGCAAUUUCAGACAACAUGAUACAGUGGGUUUUUUAUGUGUUUUGGGUAUUUUUAAUAUUUCAUGCCUAUGCAACUGUUAGUAAAUUAGAAAAGAUAGAUUUGAUAUCUUGCAAACCAUAUAGGGUAUGUAGCUCUUCUUUGUCUCUGAUAGCAUUGUCUCUGUUUGCAACAUCCCUUUUCUCUCAGCUUGAUAACAUUGUAAAAUCUGUUAGGGGGUUCCCCCCACCUUUGGAAACAAACAACAAAAAUGGGUUCUAGAAGUUCAUUAUAAGGCAUCUGUAAACUUUUACAUUUUCAGGGCAUCCAGGGUGUUUCUAAAUUACUUCUGUUUCAUUUUAGUAACUCCUCUUGAUGUUAUCAAAACUCGACUGCAAGCCCAAAGAAAUCCAUUCCAUGACGGUAAACAAACAAAUGUGUAGUGUAAUGGGGAAGACAGUUGGCUUUUUGCUCUUGUGUUUAGCUGAUAGUUGUCAUAAUGCUGUGCUGAGGUGCAGAAUGUUUGAAUUUGUUUCUCCAGUGUGUGGGGGGGGGGAAAAGCAACACACCAGUAUGUACUAAACAGACACAGUAGAAGAAAUAAUACAAUUUUAAACAUGCUUUUCCCCCCUAUCUUAGUAUUUUCAUAAUGGCAGAACAUACAGCUAAUACUGAGUUGAGUCGAACAAUAAAAAGCUGUUACUAAAUGAAUAAAUAUUUCAUCAGAGGGCUUAUGUGGUCAGGAUGUUAGAUCAAAGUUCAUCUCCUCCAGAAUCCAGAGAUUUUUUUAAUGGAGAAGUCUUAACACAUCACUUGCCACUUGGGUUCUAAAUAGAUGAAGAUAUUGUGCUCUCAAAGAUGUGCUAAUGGUUCCUACUGUUUACUUGUACUUAGUAUAUGAGAUUUAAAAGGAAAGAAGAUGACUGGUUUUUCAUGUUGAAUGUGGAGGAAAGUGUUUUGUAUACUCCAAUGGCCAUAUGGAUCAUGUGUAUGUUUGUGAAAAUGGGGACAGCAAAGCCUGGUAUAAAAAACCUGGGCAUUUUAAAGGGACAUUGGAUGCAUUUGUGAAAAUUAUUCGAAUAGAGGGAAUUAAGUCGCUGUGGAGUGGGCUUCCCCCAACACUAAUAAUGGCAGUUCCUACCACAGCAAUCUAUUUUACCUGCUAUGAUCAGCUGUGUGAAGCUUUGAAAAAUAGACCAGGAAAGCAUGAUGAGCACAUUCCAGUUAUUGCAGGUUCCUUAAGCAGAUUUGGUUCUGCCACUGUGGUGAGUCCCCUGGAGCUGAUCAGAACUCAGAUGCAGUAUCGCAGGUCGUCCUACAAGCAGCUGUACCUGCGUAUCAGCACCAAAGUGGCUGUAGAUGGGUGGUUCUCCCUGUGGCAGGGCUGGGCUUCAACUAUUCUGAGAGAUGUACCUUUCUCAGCAAUGUAUUGGUAUAAUUAUGAACGUUUCAAGAAGAUGAUGUGCAAGGAAGUUGGUGCAAAUGAGCCCACAUUUUUUGUUUCUUUCACUUCAGGAGCAGCAUCUGGCUCUAUUGCAGCAGUUGUAACUCAGCCAUUUGAUGUAGUGAAAACACAUAGGCAGACUCAACUUUGGGAGAAUGAGACCUUAAAAAUUCCGCAGAGGGACAGUAAAUCAACCUGGGCAGUUAUGAGGAAAAUUGCUGCUAGAAAUGGGAUUACUGGAUUAUUUGCAGCUGGAGAGAAAAAAGAAAGUAAGGAAGAACAAAAGAAAGGAGGAAGAGAAGAAAAAUUGAGGCUGGACAUAGCAAUGGAGAAUAAUGACUUCCACUGUGUUAAAUUUUCAGUCAUGAUUAAACAUUUUAGUUGGGUUUUUAAAUUAUGUUUAAAAAUGUUUUGGGUUUCUAAUUGUAAUAUAUAUUUAUUUCUCAGUAAGGAGGUUGGUACAGAGUGAAUUCAAUAAAUACUUAUUUAUUCUU